CCAAUAUAAACAAAAAAAAAGCAAACACAAAAAAAGAGCGCAUUCUCUCGGAGACUCUGUUUUCUUUCUUUUAAGCUCAGAGUAAUUGUAGGGAAAUUUUUUUUUUAAAAAAAAAAAAAAGAAAUGGUGAGAGACGAACUGUAUAUAACUGUACCGAACUUGUUCAGGUGUCCGAUUUCAAUGGACGUUAUGAGGUCUCCCGUAAGCCUCUGCACCGGCGUCACAUACGAUCGCUCCAGUAUCCAACACUGGCUCGACUCCGGUCACGACACGUGUCCCGCCACCAUGCAAACCCUCCGUUCCAAAGACUUCGUUCCCAACCUCACUCUCCGCCGUCUGAUUAACCUCUGGGCCCAAUCCAAUGGUCCUCCUUCUCCGGCAUCCUCUCCCUCCGUCUCCUACCAGAAAGCCACCACUCUUGUCCGCGACAUUGAGAACAACGGAAACGAGAAUCUCCCAAACACGUUGUCGGAGGUUUUGGAUUUGAUCGCCGCCGGCGAUGAGAACCGGAGGUUUUUGGCCGGUUUCGAUGGUUUCGUUUCCGCCAUUGUCGGUGUGCUGAGCAGAGGAGGUGCGAAAAUGGAGGUUCUGGAACUGUCAAUCAGGGUUUUGGAUUCGAUUUUGACAGAGAAUGGAGUAGGGGAAAAAUUGAACUCGUCGAUUUCGAAACGAAAUUACGAUUGCUUGCCUUCGAUUUGCCUGGUUAUCCAGAAAGGAAUUGGCUCUUCGUCGAAGAUAGAAUCGGUUAGGGUUCUGGAAUCGAUCGCAGUCAACGCCGAGUCCAAACGCGCCAUCACAGAAAACCAAGACUUAUUCCACGCGCUUCUCGACCUUCUCGCCUCCGAAAAAGACGAUGACCUCAACGACGCCGUUUUCUCAUUCUUCAUAGCGAUCUCCGUGACUCACUCAGCGAAAGCCGAACUCGUCCGAUCCGGAAUCGUCCAACUCGUUUCCAAAUCGCUCUCGGACCCGAAGACCAAAAUCUGCACCAAAGAAAAGGGGCUGAAGCUGAUGUCGAUAAUGUCGACGUGUGCGGAAGGGCGGUCGGCGAUGAGGGACUGGCCUGAAUGCGCAAAGGCGGUGGCGGAGAAACUGAUGAAGGUGUCGAGGACGGCGAACGAGGACGCGGUGGCGGUGCUUUGGAGUCUGUGCUGCUUGUUGGGUGACAAGAAGGCGCAAGAGGUGGUGGUGAGGAGCAAUGGGGUGGCGAAGAUAUUGCUGGUGAUGCAGAGCGGUUACUAUGAAGGUCACAAGGUGAGGAGGAUUUGUGGGGAUUUGGUGAAGGUUUUGAGCGCUGGGUGCAGAGCUGGUGUGUUGGGUUUGGGCUUGUAUGAUUCCAAGACCACCCAUAUCAUGCCCUGUUGAUUUUGUGGGAUCUUUUUUUAUUUUGAUUUUGUUUGCUUUCAUUUUCUUUAAUUUUCUGUUUUUGGGAUGAUGGGAAUUUUAUUUGGGGGGUACAGGGGAAAAGAAAAAAAAUAUCCAACAAACAACAAUACAAUUAUACGAGAGAAAAAAAACAGGAAUUCCUUA